GCGUGGGCGCGUCCGCCGCCUUCAGCCGCGAACGGGCUGGCGAAACCAUCCGCGUCAGGAAAAGGGGAAAUCGCCGCGGUCGGGACUCCCCCGGUUGUGCCUUGUGUUCCUUGUGUCCUUUUACCAGAGACCGUGGCUGGGGUGUCCCUUUGUCCUGACAAGGGUCCCUCAGCGGGCGCGAUGGCGGCGCGGCGCGCGCUGAAGGCCGUGCUGGUGGAUCUCAAUGGCACCCUCCACGUCGAGGACUCGGCCGUGCCCGGCGCCCAGGAGGCCCUCAAAAAGCUGCGCAGAGCCCCGGUGACCGUCCGGUUUGUGACCAACACCACCAAGGAGAGCAAGAGGGACCUGCUGGAGAGGCUGACGGGGCUGGGGUUCGACAUCGCCGAGCACGAGAUCUUCACCUCCCUGACAGCCGCCAGGAACCUCCUGGAGCAGCAGCAGGUGCGGCCCCUGCUCCUGGUGGAUGAUAAAGCCCUUCCUGAUUUCACAGGGAUUGGCACAGACAACCCCAAUGCUGUGGUGGUGGGACUGGCUCCUGAGCACUUCCACUACGAGAUGAUGAACAGAGCCUUUCGGCUGAUUCUGGAUGGGGCGCCUCUCAUAGCGAUCCAUAAAGCCAGGUAUUUCAAGAAGAAGGACGGCCUGUGUCUGGGACCUGGACCUUUUGUUACAGGGCUGGAAUAUGCAACAGACACCAAAGCCACCGUGGUGGGGAAGCCAGAGAAGACCUUCUUCCUGGAGGCUCUGCGGGGCACUGACUGUGCCCCCGAGGAGGCCGUCAUGAUCGGAGACGACUGCAGGGAUGAUGUUGGUGGUGCCCAGCAGGCAGGCAUGCGUGGGAUUUUGGUAAGGACAGGUAAAUACCGUCCAGCAGAUGAAGACAAAAUCAAUCCAGGUCCCUACUUAACCUGUGAGAAUUUCCCAGAGGCAGUGGAACAUAUCCUGAAGCAGAUGUUGUGAGAAAGGGAACAGGUAGCUUGAAGAAACAUCUGUUUCACACCAUUUCCUUCAUUCUUGAAAUCAGAAUCCAUCAGAAACAACCCUGGGCUGUGAUGGGCAGGGGAUCCAUGUGGGCCCAGCACAGGCACACACAUAGGGCAGUGUCUUCUUAUUUUCACUUUUCAAAGAAUACCUGAUGAAGAGCACCGUCUGGAAAUCUUCUGCAGAAUAAGCUAAACUGAAAACAUGCACUGAAAACACUCGAGUAAAGAAAGCUCAAACACCAACAGAGCCUCAGUGGCCUGUAGUGGUUUCACUGAUGUCUCUGCUCUGCUCUGACUUAAAGGUGGGGAUUAUGCACGUUUAGAAGUGACUCUUAAAUGAAAAUAUCACCAUUGCUUAAUAAUAACUACUGUGGCUGUCUUUCAUUAGAGCAGAUCCUGUUAUUUGCUUUUCAAAUUUUACAUAAAAUUAAAAACUGUCAGCAUUUUACAGAUGUUUUAAUUAAAUCCUGUUAUUAAAAAGAAUGAUACAGAAACAAAA